GAGAGAGAGAGAGAGAGAGAGAGAAAUAUAAAGAGAGAGUGAGAGAGUGAGAUAGAUAUAUAUAAUAUAUAUAUAUAUAUACACACACACACACACGCAUAUACAUACGUUGGCUUUCCUUCUUUCUCUUCCUUAUUCGUUCGAGAUUCUUCGACAUUCGGGGAUAUAUCGUCGCGAUUAUACGUCGAGAAGAACGCGCGCUCCACGAGAGAGAGAGAGAGAGAGAGAGAUAGAGAUUUGUCGCGUCGAUUAUCCUACGUUCGAGAGGUCGGUGAUAUUAUAACCUUGAUUCGUCGCGAGCGUCGUCGCGUAAGAAGACCAACGACGAUCUCUCUAUUUACGCGGUUCUUCUUUAAAAACGUAUAAUAAUUUCUUCGCGAUGUUUACGGGUACGAUGAAGAUCGAAAUAUGCGAAGCUGUCGGAUUAAGAGCUACCGACAAACAGAGAAAAUUUUGGCAGGACGAACCUAUAUUAGAUCCUUACGUACAACUUGACGUUGACGAGAAUCAUCUUGAUCGUUCCUCGACAAAAGCUAAAACCUCCGAUCCCGUUUGGAACGAAUCGUUCACGCACAAGGUUCAGAAUGCUGUCAUGCUUGGAUUAACAGUCUUCCACGAUGCGGCCUUACCGCCUGAUUAUUUCGUUGCCAAUUGCAGCAUCCCAUUCGAGGAGCUUGUUAGCAGAAACGACAAGACAGCCGAUUUUUGGGUUGACCUGGAACCACAAGGAAAAUUGCGCGUGAGGAUAGAUUUAAAAUGGAACGAUUCAGAUCAUCAAACGAGUUGUCGGAGUGGGGUGGAUGGAGAAUCUAUCGGUAUUGGUAGAAGUAUCGGAAGUAUUAGCUCAGGGAAAGAACCUAGGAGAGAAUUUAAAGAAUGGCAAGGAUUCAAUCGUCGGAGAGGUGCUAUGAGGCGCCGUGUUCAUCAAGUGAAUGGUCACAAAUUUAUGGCUACAUUUUUAAGGCAACCAACAUUCUGCUCUCACUGCCGCGAGUUUAUAUGGGGCUUGGGCAAGCAGGGCUAUCAGUGUCAAGUUUGCACUUGCGUAGUUCACAAGCGAUGUCAUAAAUUGGUGAUAACAAAAUGUCCUGGAAUGAGAGAUGAGGGUAAGGGAACUGGAUUGCAGUCUCAUCAAGAUACAGAAAGUCCACGCUUCAGCAUAGAUGUACCACAUCGGUUCUUUGUCCGUACAUAUAAAAGGUUUACAUUUUGCGAUCAUUGCGGUUCUUUAUUAUACGGAUUAUAUAGGCAAGGUUUACAAUGCGAAGCUUGUAAUAUUAAUGUUCAUAAAAGAUGCCACAAGAAUGUGGCGAACAAUUGUGGUACAAACACAAAGGCGAUGGCAGAAAUUUUAAGCGAAAUGAAUAUUUCUCCAGAUAAACAAAUCAAAACGCCAAGGAUUAAUUUUACGACUUGUCAAUCUAGCCAAACACCAUCUACUGUUGCUGUAACCGAAACAUUAACAACAGAAGCAUCACAGGCAACAGUACAAAGACAAUUGGAGGAAAGUGAAAUAGGAAUUAAACAGAAUGCAGUGUCUGUUAAUGAAAAUGAAGUGAGAAAGUUUGGUCUGGAAGAUUUUAAUUUUAUCAAAGUACUUGGAAAGGGUAGCUUUGGUAAAGUUAUGUUGGUUGAACGAAAAAGUAAUCCCGAUGAAGUAUAUGCUGUAAAAAUAUUAAAGAAGGAUGUUAUUAUACAAGAUGAUGAUGUUGAUUGUACGAUGACGGAAAAACGUAUACUGACAUUAGCGGCAAAACAUCCAUUUUUGACAGCUAUUCAUAGUUGUUUCCAAACGAACGAUCGUCUCUUCUUUGUAAUGGAAUAUGUAAACGGAGGCGAUUUGAUGUUUCAUAUUCAAAAAGCACGUAAAUUUGAUGAGGCAAGGGCACGUUUUUAUGCGGCCGAGGUAACGCUAGCGUUACAAUUUCUACACAAACAUCACGUCAUAUAUCGUGAUCUUAAACUCGAUAAUAUUCUUCUCGAUCAAGAGGGCCAUUGUAAACUCGCAGAUUUUGGUAUGUGCAAGGAAGGAAUCGUCGAAGGUAAAACUACGACUUCAACAUUUUGUGGUACACCCGAUUACAUUGCACCAGAGAUUUUGCAAGAAUUAGAAUACGGUGCCAGUGUCGAUUGGUGGGCACUUGGUGUAUUAAUGUAUGAGAUGAUGGCAGGCCAACCUCCUUUUGAAGCAGAUAACGAAGAUGAUUUAUUUGAGUCUAUUUUACGUGAUGACGUGCUAUAUCCAAUUUGGAUAUCGAAAGAAGCAGUUUCGAUAUUAAAAGGAUUCAUGACCAAGAAUCCAGCUAAACGAUUAGGUUGCGUGGCUGCUAAUGGCGGUGAAGCUGCUAUAAAAGUUCAUCCAUUUUUCCAACACAUGGAUUGGGAAGCUUUAGAAGGUCGUAGAGUUAAACCACCAAUUAAACCAAAAGUUCAGAGUAAAAAGGACGCAUUAAACUUCGAUGCCGAAUUCACGAGGGAGGAUCCAGAAUUGACACCAGAAAAUCCAGAAGUUGUUAGUUACAUUAAUCAAGAAGAAUUCCAAGGUUUCUCUUUCGUUAAUAAGGACUUUAAUCCGGCAAGAUUUGGGACACAAUAAGAGUUGGGAA